CAUUUUUGGCUUUGUAGGCGAGAAUCAGUGUUUUGAAUCUGAUACGUGCAGCUACUGGACGCCACUGAAGGGAACACAGCAGUGUGGUGGUGUGGGAGAACUUGGGCAGAUUGAACACAAGCCGUGCAGCUGCGUUUUGGAUCAUUUGUGGUAGACGAAUAGCAUUCAGAGGAAGACCUGCCAGCAAUGUUGCUGUCCAGUCUUGAAAUAACAAGAGACUGAACAAGCACCUGGGCAGUCUGUGUGGACAAAAGACAGUUGAUUGUCCACAGUUACCCCAAGGUUGUGAGCAGCGGCUGAAGGGGAGAGCAGAGAGUUAUGAAGACUUAUUCAGAGAUCUUAACCUAAAGAUGAAUCACCUUGGAUAACCAGCAGUUUUGUUUGCUUGGAAGGAGGGUAGACCCGGUGAAUAUUGAAGCCUAGGUGGGUGUGUUGAUUUUGAGUGGUGUCUGCAGAUCCUGGAACUAAUCAAACGUUCAAAUAUCUUCCCAGAGCUGAAGUUGAAAAAGAGAUCUAAUACAACAUUGGGCGGACACUUUUUUGAUUACUGCUUCUUUGUCAUGAUGUGGAGCUAUCUACACAUCACCUUCAUCAUCCUGAGUUUCCUUGCAGGCAGUGCUCGGGUCCAUGUGGUUUACAAACUAAUAGGAGAUAAAGCUCAUCUCACGCUGAAAGAACGCUGGAAUAUAACAGUCAAAUGGAGGAAGGAUUAUAAUCUUAUUGCAGUUGUAGAAAACAGAAAACCAUCUAUAAAGCAACCAGGAAAAUUUCAUUUACGUGUUUCUGACAACUCCUUGUUUAUCCACAAUUUGACGGUGAGCGACUCUGGAGAUUAUCAAGCUCAGAUUGGACAAUGGGAAGAAGAAAAAAUCCGAUAUAAACUGAUAGUACAGGAGGCUGUCUCCAAACCAGUGAUCAAUACCAGUCUUGAUCGCCAGUCAAACACCUCAUCUGUUUGCCAUAUCUGGGUAAAAUGUUCAGCUGAUGAAGACUCAGUGACUUACAACUGUGAUCACCAGCACUGCAUUCGGACAAAUGCCACAUUUACCAGGGUGAACAUCACUGUCAACUAUAGAGACACUGGGGUGUUGGAAUGCACAGCCAGCAACCAUGUGAGCAUGAAAUGGACAUCAAUACCCAUGAGUAAUACAUGUUCACAGAAAGAACCAGGACUCGCCAUAACAAUUGAUUAUAUUAUGCUUUUAAUCAUAAUGUUUUGCACAAUGGUGCUUGUUGUCUUAGUGAUCUGUACAAUUAAACAUUUUUGCAGAAAGAGAAAGAAAAAACAGACUGAAGGAAAAUAUCAAGAAAAUAAAGGUGUGAACUCUGUCUACGCUGAGGUGGGGAAACCGCUGAGAGCUGAGACUUUAGCAAAUAGGAGCACUGCACAAAAUGCAACAACAAUUUACACAUUUCCUUUAAAUUGCAAGAUGUAAUUGUUUUUCUUUUUCAAAAAGAUAUACAUUAUAUUGAUGCAUCAUAUUUUCCUUGAGUUAAUUUUUAGGACAUAUUGCCCUAUACAAGAAAAGAGACUGGUAAGAGACUGAACUUCAGCUGAGCUCCACUUACUGCCUCUCAGCCCUGAGUGCUAAAUCUAAUGCAAUCCAAAUACACACACAUACUGAAUGUCACCCCCAUAAUACAUACCGAGAUUCAUGUUACAUAUAAAUGUCCAACCUCUUAAAUGUUUGCCAGUUGCCAGAUUGUGAAAGAAUACAUUGUGUAUUGUAUUUAUUGUAUUGUGUGUAUUAAUGUAAGUCAAUUCACAGGAUUCCAUCAGUAGUCAGGACAAUGAAGGUUCAUUUUAUUGAACAGUCUCAAAUUCACUUUCGAUAAUGUGCAGAUUUUAAGUAAAGCAUAAAAGGAAAAAAGAGAAAAAAAAGUAUAAUAUCCAUAUAAUGUUGAAAAAAAAAGUUUAAUGUACAUCUUCAAAUGAAAAAAAUUGAAUAUUUAGUUUAAACUGAAUAAAGAUUUGUACUUUUUUUUUUAUAUAUAAACAUGCAUUAUACCCAGGAGAUUGCUGUUGUAAGCUUUUUAUUAACUGCACUGAAACUGAGCAGUGAAGUUUAAAAAAUAAAAAUAACAUUUGUAAUUUUAAGCAUGUUAGCAUCAUCAUCGUGGAACAAUAUUAAUAUGAUUAUGAUUGGACAUUCAGUGCCACCCAGAUGAGGAUGGGUUCACAUACCAUCUCAGGUAAUUAGCGCUUAAUCUUAACUAUGUGUUUUGAUUCAGCUCUGAGUAAACGGUAUCAGAUUCUACGCUGACCUUACAUGGAAGCAAGAAACCCUGGGUUAAUGUCAAUCAUCUACAACCCAUCCAAAUAGACAAACCAGAGAAUUAAUUAUAAUAAUAACAAUAAUAAUAACAACAACAACAACUUAAUAAUUGGGAAAACAUUAAAUGGUAUUGGUAAUGGCAGAAGUUAGGGGAUUUCAGUUAUUUUAUUUUUUCCAUUUUCCCCCACCAGCUGUCACCAUUUACUUCUAGCAUCUUUAAUCAGAUUUUACUGUUUCCACCAGAGUCUUGUUAGACUGGAUGUAUUUAAAGUUCCUCUUUUGUGCUUGAAAUGGCUAGAGGCUGGUGUUCUAGCAGUCUGCGACAGGAAGGUGUGGGAGCUAUCUGCAGUGACAGUGAACAGAACAAAUAAGCAGGCUUUGUUAAAUACAUCUAUCUAUCUAUCUAUCUAUCUAUCUAUCUAUCUAUCUAUCUAUCUAUCUAUCUAUCUAUCUAUCUAUCUAUCUAUCUAUCUAUCUAUCUAUCUAUCUUUAUGUAAGUAUGUAUCCUACAAGAGUUACUGAGUGAACCACCACUGCAUCCCAUUCUAAUGGAGGACAUGGUAUUGUGUAUCAUGUAUUUGAAUGGGUGGGAGAAUGCAGAUUAAAAAUAAAUGCCGAUAAAAUCCAAAUCGCAAUCCAAACUCUUGAACAAAAUACAGGUGUGUGUAUCUGCCCAAUAAAAUUAGUGCAAAACAAGAUAAAGAAGUCAGACUUGAGGCUCUGUACAAACAACAACACUUAUGACAGUGGGAAUAUGGUUGUAUUUAAAUACAAACUAAUCAAAGGUAAAACCCAAAGAAGUUUUCAUCUGAUUGUAAUUUUCAGCAUGUAUGCGUGAGUGUUAAGAAAAUCAGUGACGUUAAAUUCUGUUUAUACUGUAGAAGUACUGCUUAUAUUCUAAGCAAUUUAGUGAAAAUGUCAGCCAGUCGCACGAACACUUCCACGGUUGCUACGCCCGCUUCCGGGUCGGCGCCAUCUUGCGCUUGCCACCAGAUUGUCACAUCUAGCUCCGUGCUUUGUUUGAGACCUUCCAGCCUUUCUUUUCGUUUCGUUUUUUCCGGUUUUUCAGACUUUCGGAUUUUUUGUUUUUUGAAAAAUUAUUAAUAUCUUGGUGUUAUGUUGUUUAUCUGAGGUUGUAUUGACCUCAAUGUAAGGCCUG